UCGUUACUUGCUCGAGCAGGUCGUGUCUGUGAGUGUGUGGGAACUGUCAGGCAACAGGCAAUUAGUUAUCGUUUUAGUUUUGCGCCCAGAACGAUUAUAUAUCUACAAAAGUAACUAAUAACUUUUAAAGUAUACACAUAUAUUUCCUGCACAAUGUCAAAGACUGCAACAACAUCAACAUCAGUUUUAGUGUUUUUUGUAAACGGAAAAAAGGUAAUUGAUCCCAAUCCAGAUCCGGAAUGCACGCUGCUUACCUACCUGCGCGAGAAGCUGCGCCUGUGCGGCACCAAGCUGGGCUGUGGCGAGGGCGGAUGUGGUGCGUGCACCGUGAUGAUCUCCCGGCUGGAGCGCAGCAGCAAAAAGAUUCACCAUUUGGCAGUUAAUGCCUGCCUGACGCCAGUGUGCGCCAUGCAUGGCUGCGCUGUGACCACUGUGGAGGGCAUUGGUAGCACGCGGACACGUCUGCAUCCGGCACAGGAGCGUCUGGCCAAGGCACACGGCUCGCAGUGCGGCUUCUGCACGCCGGGCAUUGUGAUGUCCAUGUAUGCCUUGCUGCGCAAUGCGGCACAGCCCUCGAUGCGCGACCUAGAGGUGGCUUUUCAGGGUAACUUGUGCCGCUGCACCGGCUAUCGCCCCAUAUUGGAGGGCUACAAGACAUUCACCAAGGAGUUUGCCUGCGGCAUGGGUGACAAGUGUUGUCGUGUAAAUGGCAAUGGUUGCGGAGGAGAUGGCGGAGAUGCGGCUAAAACUGAUGACACGCUCUUCGAGCGCAGCGAAUUUCAGCCCUUUGAUCCCAGUCAGGAGCCUAUCUUUCCGCCGGAGCUGCAGCUUACAGCGGCGUACGAUGAAGAGAGCCUCAUCUUUCGUUCGGAUCGUGUUGCCUGGCAUCGACCUACGCAACUGCAGGAGCUGCUCCAACUGAAAGCUGACCAUCCGGCUGCCAAGCUAAUUGUGGGCAACACAGAGGUCGGCGUGGAGGUUAAAUUCAAGCACUUCCUCUAUCCCGUGCUCAUCAAUCCCAUCAAAGUGCCCGAGCUUUUGGAGCUGCGUGAAUCGGACGAGGGCAUUUACUUUGGCGCCGCCGUCAGCCUCAUGGAAAUCGAUGCAUAUCUGCGCAAGCGCAUCGAGGAGCUGCCGGAGUCACAGACACGCUUCUUCCAAUGCGCCGUGGACAUGCUGCACUAUUUUGCCGGCAAACAGAUACGCAAUGUGGCCUGUUUGGGCGGCAACAUCAUGACCGGAAGUCCCAUCUCCGAUAUGAAUCCCGUGCUAACUGCGGCUGGUGCGCGCCUGGAGGUGGCCAGUCUGGCUGAGGGCAGGCGUUCGGUCCACAUGGGCAGCGGCUUCUUUACUGGCUAUCGACGGAAUGUCAUUCAACCGCACGAGAUUCUGUUGGGCAUACACUUCCAGAAGACCAAGCCGGAUCAGCAUGUCGUGGCAUUCAAGCAGGCGCGCCGGCGUGACGAUGACAUAGCCAUCGUGAAUGCGGCCGUGAAUGUCAGCUUUGAGCCCGGCUCCAAUGUGGUGCAGCGCAUACAAAUGGCAUUCGGUGGCAUGGCACCCACCACGGUGCUGGCGCCGCGCACUUCUGACCUCGUGGUGGGUAAGUCGUGGAAUCAAGCGCUGGUCGAGCGGGUGGCGGAAAGCCUGUGCGCCGAACUGCCCUUGGACGCCUCGGCGCCGGGCGGCAUGAUAGCCUAUCGACGCGCCCUGGUUGUCAGCUUGUUCUUCAAAUCGUAUUUGGCCAUCAGCCGGAAGCUGUGCGAUGCCGGCAUUAUGCCGCCGGAUGCUGUGCCCAAGGCGGAGCUGAGCGGCGCCGAUAGCUUUCACACUCCCGUCUUGCGCAGCGCCCAGCUGUUUGAGCGUGUCGCCAGCGAACAGCCCAUUCAGGAUCCGAUUGGCAAGCCAAAGGUGCAUGCAGCUGCCCUGAAGCAGGCCACUGGCGAGGCCAUCUACACGGAUGACAUACCACGCAUGGAUGGCGAGCUAUAUUUGGGUUUUGUUCUGAGCACCAAGGCACACGCCCGUAUAAUCAAGCUGGAUGCCAGCGAGGCGUUGGCCUUGAACGGAGUUCAUGCCUUUUUCAGCGCCAAGGAUUUGACAGAGCACGAGAACGAGGUGGGCCCGGUGUUCCAUGAUGAGCACGUCUUUGCCGCUGGCCAGGUGCAUUGCUAUGGCCAAAUUGUCGGCGCCAUAGCUGCCGAGAAUCAAACGUUGGCCCAACGCGCCGCUCGGCUGGUGCGCGUGGAGUAUGAUGAGCUGCAGCCAGUGAUUGUCACCAUCGAGCAGGCCAUCGAGCACCAGUCGUAUUAUCCCGACUAUCCACGCUAUGUGACCAAAGGCGAUGUGGCGUCGGCCUUUGCCGAGGCGGAUCAUGUGCACGAGGGCAGCUGCCGCAUGGGCGGCCAGGAGCAUUUUUAUCUGGAGACUCAUGCAGCGGUGGCUGUGAUGCGUGACAGCGACGAACUGGAACUGUAUUGCUCCACACAGCAUCCAUCGGAGGUGCAAAAGCUGGUGUCGCAUGUCGUCCAUCUGCCUGCCCAUCGGGUUGUGUGCCGCGCCAAGCGUCUGGGCGGUGGUUUCGGUGGCAAGGAAUCCCGUGGCCUUUCGGUGGCAUUGCCCGUGGCCUUGGCUGCCUACCGCCUGCGUCGGCCCGUUCGUUGCAUGCUGGAUCGUGAUGAGGAUAUGCUCAUCACCGGGACACGGCAUCCGUUCCUCUUCAAAUAUAAAGUGGGCUUCAGCCGUGAGGGCCUCAUCACGGCCUGUGACAUUGAGUGCUACAAUAAUGCCGGCUGGUCCAUGGAUUUGUCCUUUUCGGUCCUGGAGCGCGCCAUGUAUCACUUUGAGAACUGCUACCGCAUCCCGAAUGUACGUGUGGGCGGUUGGGUGUGCAAAACCAAUCUGCCCUCGAAUACGGCUUUUCGUGGCUUUGGGGGACCCCAGGGCAUGUUCGCCGGCGAGCACAUUAUCAGGGAUGUGGCCCGGAUCGUAGGCCGUGAUGUGCUGGACGUGAUGCAGCUGAAUUUCUACAAAACCGGCGACUAUACACACUACAAUCAGCAGCUGGAGCGUUUUCCCAUCGAGCGCUGCUUUGCGGAUUGCCUCCAGCAGUCGCGCUACCACCAGAAGCAUGCGGAGAUAGCGCGCUUUAAUCGGGAGCAUCGCUGGCGCAAGCGUGGCAUAGCACUGGUGCCCACCAAAUAUGGCAUUUCCUUUGGCGUCAUGCAUUUGAAUCAGGGUGGCGCUCUUAUCAACAUCUAUGGAGAUGGCUCCGUACUGUUGUCGCAUGGCGGCGUGGAGAUUGGACAGGGCUUGCAUACCAAGAUGAUUCAGUGUGCUGCCCGAGCGCUGGGCAUACCCAUUGAGCUAAUACACAUCUCGGAGACGUCCACGGAUAAGGUGCCCAAUACCUCGCCCACGGCGGCCAGUGUUGGGUCCGAUCUGAACGGCAUGGCCGUGCUCGAUGCUUGCGAGAAGAUUAACAAGCGUCUGGCGCCAAUUAAGCAGGCUUUGCCCACGGGCACCUGGCAGGAGUGGAUCAACAAGGCAUAUUUCGAUCGUGUCAGCCUAUCGGCAACAGGUUUCUAUGCUAUACCCGACAUAGGCUAUCAUCCGGUAACAAAUCCAAAUGCGCGCACCUACAGCUACUAUACAAAUGGUGUGGGCGUGUCUGUCGUGGAGAUUGACUGCCUGACGGGCGAUCACCAGGUGCUCAGCACGGACAUUGUCAUGGACAUUGGCUCAAGCAUUAACCCAGCCAUUGAUAUUGGUCAGAUUGAAGGCGCCUUCAUGCAGGGCUACGGGUUGUUCACACUCGAGGAGCUAAUGUACUCGCCGCAGGGCAUGCUCUACUCACGCGGACCGGGCAUGUACAAGCUGCCUGGCUUUGCGGAUAUACCCGGCGAGUUUAAUGUUAGCCUGCUGACCGGCGCACCCAAUCCACGCGCUGUUUAUUCAUCAAAGGCCGUAGGCGAACCUCCGCUUUUCAUAGGUAGUUCAGCCUUUUUUGCCAUCAAAGAAGCCAUUGCCGCGGCCCGCUCAGGGCAGGGCUUGAAUCCCGAAUUCAAUCUGGAGGCGCCUGCCACCUCGGCACGCAUACGCAUGGCCUGCCAGGAUCAAUUUACUCAACUGCUUGAAAUGCCAGAGGCGGGCAGCUUUACGCCCUGGAAUAUAGUGGCAUAAGAGCGGAUAGUGCCCAUUUGCUUACAUUUUUCAUCUAGAAAUAUUAAAAUGUGUACAGUACAAUAAUGAUUAUAAUUAAAAAUUACUUCGAUUUUAGUUUUAA